CGCUCCCCUUAUCCAAAGAAGAGAGAGUAGAGAGAAAAAAAAAAAAGAUACAGAAAGAAAUUGAGAGAAAAUGGCGAGAUUUCUCCCAACAUCUCUUCAAAUCUCUCACCCUUUCUCUUCUUCCCCUCAAAACCCUAAGAAACUUCAAAAAUCCCAACACAAUCCCUUCCCCAACAAAGCCCUCGAACCCCAGAACGAGCCCGCCUCGUCCGACCCGGCACCUGAACUGGCCGAUUCCGACUCGGAAUUCGACAGCCGGCUCGCCCAGGUCCGGCUCAAGUACCGCAGCGGAACUGGCAAGAAAGCCGAGCUCCGUAAAUCCAAGAAAUCCCCAUCCUCAUCGAAGAAGGGCGUUUCCGUCUUUCUUCCUCCGGUUCCGCUCAAAGAACCGGUUUCAGGCGGUCUGAAGGUUGAUUUCGGCUUCUGUCCGUACACCGAGCGGUUGAACGGGCGUUUGGCCGCGCUAGGGCUCGCGGCGCUGCUGCUGGUGGAGCUGGCGUCUGGGAAGAGCGUCCUCAGCUAUCAUAAGCCGCCGAUUCUGUUCGUGCAGAUUUAUUUCAUGGCCGCCGUCUCCGCAGUGUUCGUGAAGUAUGAGAAGGAGAAAGUGAGCGUUUGGCCGGACUCAAUCGCGAAGAAAUAGGUUUGGAAUUGCGUCGGCCUGUUUUGGCGUUUAUUGUAAUUUUUGAAACUUUUUUGGGCUUUUCUACGUGUAGAACGAAGGAUGAUGUAUGUAUACCCGGAUCAUUUUUUCCGGGAACUUAAAAAAAAAAAAAAAAACUUA